AUGCGUUUCUGCGUUCAAACAAAAGAUCGUUUCGUCGUUCGGGUGGUCAAAAUAACCGAUAAGAAGACGUUUCAGCUUGGAGUUUCUACAGACAGUCCCACUUCUACGCCAGUUGAACCACUUAAAGCCAUUUUGCAUGAUCCCCAAAAAAUGCAGAACAUAGAGAGGCUUAUUUUGGAGGCGAUAAAGGGCAAUAAUCCCCCCAUAUACAUCGGGUUUCAGGCUCAACUGCCUGCAAUUGCUCUGGGCUAUGUCCUAAAAUCCACCUCUGCUGACCAGGUGAAUACGCCUAACGUGUUGCAGACCUACCGUCAAUGUCGGCUCGGUAAAGGCGUGCGCCUGUGUUUCACUUGCCCACUCCUGGGCAGGGGCCUUAACAUUCAGGAUUUCUUCUCUGGAAAGGUGUUCCAAAGGCUGACAAGUUGGGAGAAGAGUUCACGACAACCGGGAGUACUCGUUGAGGCACUACAGGCUCUGAAAAAGUCCGUGGAUUGGAUGCUGCAGCAGAUACAGUUGAAUGGCCUACGAACUGUUCUACCGGAAGUGGAUUAUAUAUUUUAUCCCUGUGCUGCAUCGCCUCUACUCUCUACACAACAAGCCGUCCACAAUUUGAGCUGUUCAGUGGAUUCGACAGCAUCAAAGUGUACAGACUUGGCUGUACCCAGUUGUUCAAACUGCGCUCUCACUCCUCUUAUGCCUAAAAAAUCCAGUCCUGUGACCAUUCCUACUAGUAGAGAGAGAGCAAGUCGUCAGUUGUCAAUGGUGCCACCGGGUCAAGGCAUUCAACAACACCAACGACAACAACAAAAUCCACUUCUUGCAACACUCAUCAACUCUUCACGUCCACUCUCCGCCUAUGGUACCUGUUUUGAUGGUGCGAGAACAGAAAACGUAGUAACAAAGUCGUUGGAUAGACAAAUAUCCUCCUCAGUUGGUGCCUACGGUUCCUCUCUUCACCAACUGUCGGAAUACAAUCUUUAUGAAACACGAUAUUUGAAGGAGCUACAGCAACACUCAACAGGGACGUCUUCCAUCAUCAGCAUUUGUCACACCGAUUGUAAUGAGGCGCCCACUGAUCAGACCUGCAAUGGGUCCCUUGUUAGCGCUUCGGCGAGUCCACCUUCUCGGUGGCUAUCCAAUCUCGCCUCAGCCAUUAACCCGGCUCUCGAGAGAGGCAAGGCAUGCGGCACAUCUCCAGUCUACCUAUCUGGUGUAAAUCCACAAAAGGCAGUCAAAAUCUCCUCCUCCCUAUCCCAGGAGAAUGAUUUUAUGGCCACGUUAAUCAACGAGGUCGUGGAUCGUCUGCGCAAAAGUCCACAUCUGCCUCUGGUUGUAAUGCCAACUCAAACACCUGGCUCACCCCCCAUUGUCUUUCAACUGCCUUCAUCCGAUGUCAUAUUUGUUGGUCUACCGGCCACAACCGGUCAGAAUGGACAUGAGAGACCACGUCUGGUUACAUCACCAGCUGAUAGCAGUGCUUUUGUGGUCACCUCGAAGAGGACAACAAGUAGUACAAUUGGUGUCCAACCCUUUAAUUAUUAUGCGGAGAGACCGGAUGACCCGACUUUCACCGUCUCCGCGCCCCAUCCAGGCUGCAUUUUGGGAGUCUCACCGGAGGGUGACCUCUACGAAUUCAAGCCUUCCUGA